AUGAUCUGCCCGAGCUCGGGAAUAUCAUUACACGAGUCCACGAAUGCUCGGCAAUGGCGAUCGCCCCGCAUUCUCCGCUUCUGCGAUUCCGUCAUUGCGCACGAGCCUGUCACCAUUCGAGCCGACGACCCGGACCAUUUCCGAUGUCCCGAUGCCAUCGUUCUGUGCUUUGAUUGUUUCUCAGAGCUGGAUUAUCUCGGAAGUAUCGCGAUGUUCUGGCGACAUGACUUCGAGCAGUCCGAAAGCAUCUCGGUCGCGAUUCGGUCAAAUGCGAUGAGCGGCCCGGGGAAUGUGGCAACUGUGUCCGCCUCCGCCUGGUAUGUUUGGGAUAUUCUACAUCUUCUCCGGUCCAAGAAAUUGCAAAGUACCCAGGUGAGAGCUCGAAGCGAAAACGGACCUAUCGCUCUUGCACGGCAUGUCGAGCAUCCAAGACUAAAUGCUCUGGGGAGCGACCGAUGUGCCAAAGAUGUCAAGACAAGGGCCUGA